AUGAGGAUCUCUAUUCUUGCCGCCACCUUGCUCUUUAGGAACGGGCUUGCCGUUGAUGAUCUUGAACCUUCUGCUGCGCAGAGAUAUCGACUCGAUUUCUCGGAGACUCUUGAAAACUCUGCAAACGAGCAGGGCAGGAACUAUGCUCGUGGGGAACAGAUCGCCGCAUCGGACUAUAAGGAGAAUGAGACGCCUCCCGAGUACAACCCCACCAUUACUGGGGGCGGGCCGGAGCCCACUGACAACCCAUGCCCUCCUGAUCAGAGGAAAUGCGGCGCCAAGUGGGCGAGAAGGGAUGUCACGGAAAAUGCAUCGCAGGUGGAGCAAAAUGCUGGCAUGAAGGACUGCCAUGGAGAGUGCGUCAAAGCUGGAGCAAAAUUCUGUCCCAAGGGCAUGGAGGACUGCUAUGGAGAGUGCGUCAAAGCUGGAGCAAAAUGCUGUCCCAAGGGCAUGGAGGACUGCUAUGGAGAGUGCGUCAAAGUUGGAGCAAAAUGCUGUCCCAAGGGCAUGGAGGACUGCCAUGGAGAAUGCAUUCGCAUAGAGGAUAAAUGCUGCAAAAAUGGUCCCUGUCCCAAGGAAACCUGCCAGCCUGGGUUGCAGUGGGCCUUCUAUCAGGGCAGACGGGUUGAUACGACUCAACCUGGCGGCGUUCCCUACAACAAGAUUCCUAGCUCAAGCUGGUAUACGUCUUUUGAUAUUCAAACUUUCCUUCAGGGCCAGACGCCUUUUAUUAAAGGCACAACGAAGAUUUUCGGCUUGGACCAAGGCGACCCUUCCUAUCGUAACUCUCGCACGGUCUAUGGAAGCGAGGUUCCCACUCGGGAAUACAGUGUUAUCCUGCAUAUUGGCUACUUCCAUCCCAAAAAGGCAGGCAAGUACACGUUUACUCCCCUGUACGUGGAUGAAGCGGUUCUUGCCUGGUUCGGUGACAAGGCCAAGUAUGGAUUUACAAACACUAAUAUGGAGGUGCAUGGCAAUUGGAACGCCCCCUCGACUCCCUUUACCUACACUGUCCAGAGGGCCGGGGAUUACAUUCCUUUCAGGUUGAUGUGGGCCAACGCUCAGGGCGGCAAUGGAUUCUCCUUCCUCGUCAACGAUCCGGAUGGUGUCCAGGUCGUCUCCCGAGAAAAGCCCUUGAUCGAUGAUCAGUUCGUUUUCGGUUGCGGUGCCGAAUCUAGGGCCCCGCCGUUUAACUUCUAG